AUGGAGCGUGGUCCUCCUUUCAUUUGGCCUAAAGGUGAUUACUUCCUGCACCAUUUCAUUCCCUUAGACUUCGAUCCAUGCAAAUCUCAAAGGACUUUAAAACCAACGAUUGAUGCAGCUCAAGAAUUUCUAGACAUCUGUGUUAACAAUGAGUAUGGUAACUUCGUGAGCAAAGCGGAUUGGGAUUCCGCCGUCAUUACAAUAGGAGUUGAGAAGAAGAUAGCUGAUAUCAUUUUCCAGAAUUGUUUCGACGAAUCAAAAAACGCUGCAGCGAAAGAGCAACUAGUUUUCGACAUUUUCUUCCUUGUACUUGAAGAUUACAGCUACAAUGGGCUUAAAAAGCUGCAAACACACGAUGAUGUUGUAUGUGAGCUAUUACGAGAAUUAAUAACUGACGUUGCGUCCAUACUUCUGCGCUCAGCUGAUGACUUCAGAAAUACCAAAUAUGCCAAGUUUGCUGUUUUCCCCAUUGAAGAAAGAACAAUAACGAAAUUGGAAAUGUUCGACUUGGUCUUCGAAGGAACCAUCACGAGAGAUUUGGAAGAUGUUGUACCGUUUUCAAAGAUAAUGGAAACCAUCUCAUCAAAAAAACUUUUCCCAGUUUCGCUUGUUAUCUCUACAUUACGUAAAUUGCUUAUCAGCAAUCCUUUCAACCUCAACGAUUUAUCUUUGCCACACAAUCCUUUAUACUUAUCCAAUGGAGAUAUUUCUGUCUUGAAACAGACUUCACUUGCUCAUAUUAGGAGACGAAGAGUCGUUGUUAGAUUUUGGAAACACUUACAAGCUCUUCGAAAAGGAGUUUACAAUAAGGUUCAUAUUAGAAUAUCCAAUAAUCAGCCGAAUGCUUCAUAUCUGUUUAUGCCUUGGACGUCCCAAACAGCGUUCAUUGAACACGUGAGGAACUGCCAGGGAAUAGUACUUGGGCCAACUCAAAAGAUCGUCCUUAUACACGAAUGUUCGAAUACGAGUAUAACUUGUUUCGCAGAAUCUAUAAUAAUAUGGAAAUGCCAAAACAUCCAGGUGUUCUUAGCGGCGAAACAAUCAGUUAUUAUUAGGGAAAGUGAGAACAUCAAACUCGCUCCCUACAAUGUUACGUACACUGAAUUUCGAGAACAAGUCAAUUAUGCUGGUAUGAGUAUGGAGAUGAUCGGCAAUUUCAAAAAUAUCAAACCAAUUUUGUUGGAUGAAUCAUCAUGGCAAAGAAUCGAGCCUUCGAAUUACUAUAUACAACCAGUUCCGUUUGAAAGGAAAGAGGAAGAUGCCAAGCUUCUCUUGACAGUAAUUCCGGAAUGUUAUAGGACAGCUUGGAAAGAAUUUUUGGAUACGGCAGAUCGGAGCAAAGCCAAAGAGUAUAAACUACCGAAAAGGGAUGCUUUAUAUUUGAGAUCAAAAAUCGCAACAAGGGAUGAUAUACAAGUCAAAACUUGA